CAUCCUCUCGCUGCGCUCCUGCAGCACUACAUUGCUACAGACGAUGCUGCUGUCUCCUACCUUCCCAGUACCCUCUCGAUUCUGAGCCCAACAGCGUUUCUCCCAUCCUCACAUCUCGCAAAAUGGAUCGCCCGCGUCAACUCGCUCGUCACAUCGAAGCACAGGGGAGGGAAGUGGGCUGGCAUAUGUCUGGCUACGAGGACGGCAGAGUGCAGCAAGGAUGUUAUGGUGGACUGCGCUUCAGGAUGGGUAGGGAACGUCUUGCCUACACUCCAGAGAAACGAGCCCCUCCCGACUCAGUUAGCGGCGAUAUCCCUCCUACAUACCAUAUUCACAAAGGCUACCGACAUGCCUGAGUUUCUACGUCAAAUAUGCACACCCAACGUGCCCAAAUUCAGUCUCGCCCUGAUUUCCCUCUGCGAGAACGCGCAAUCUUCAUUGGAGCUCAGACUGCUCGCAAUGCGCACGCUGACCCGCAUGCUUGCGUCAUACCCGAAUGCGCACCGGAGUUUGCAGACGCAGCUGAACAAUAUCUGCUUGGCGAACAUGAGAGGUGUUUCACUUACGCCCACGCCAGCGGCGCUCCGCCAGGCCUCAGCAGCGUUGUUCGCCAUGGUGUGUGUCACGGGCGGGAAGGUCGGCGCGGCAGAUAUAUGGAAGAAAACUAUGUUGGGAGCACUCCGCUCUGCGGUAGACUGUGUGGGCAUUUUGCGCCGCACAAGCAAACCAUUAGGUUGGUGUCUAUUUGCAUAA